CCACACCUCGCGGUCAUACAUUUACACACUGAAACUAAACCACGAUUUGGCAUACUCCAACGCCUUGAUAGUGUGUCAAUCUCUCAUCUCCUUUUUUCUCUCCUCCUCUAUCCUUUCAUAUAUUAUAUAUUUAGAUAUUAUAUACAUAUAUUUUUUUUUAAUAUCUUUAUACAUGAAGACUAUUUCUACAAGUGUAAAUAGUAAUGAGUAAAAAUAUUAUUAUAAAUAAAAAUGAACUGUGAAGACGUGGUACUGAAUACUGAAAAUAAUGGCGGACAUAAAAACGUUUGGGAUGUCUUGUAGUGCGGCUAAUUCCCGUAAAAUACUUUCUAUUGAUAGUUAAAUGACAUCCAAGUUGUUGGUGUGCAUGUGAUAUAUAUUAGUUUAAUUACAGUCCGGUGAUUUAAUUAAAAGUAGCACAAAGCUUUAACGAAAAAGGCGCAAACAGACAGGAUUGAUCUCAUCUGGAGCUUCUGCUUACAUUAACAAGAUUAAUUAAUAAUACCUUUAUAUAUUUAUAAUAUAUAAAUUAUAAAAAAGAAAUACCUCUUUAGGAUACAAACAGAGUAUAUAGUUCAGAUAUAUAUUUUUUACCUAUUGUAUUAUUUUUUUCUUUUUACACAGUGAUGUACUUGUCACUCAGGAUAAUGACAGAAGCAGAAUGAAGAGAAGGCUGAUACUCACGAUGGCUCUGUGCAUUUAUUAUCAGGAUAACAGAGAUAAUAUCUCGAUCAGCUGAUCGAGUGUGUUUAAUGCGGGUCACCGACAUGUGAGAACAAUCUAGGAACUCGGUAUUCCGCUUCCAUCGGCGGUAACAAGCUGUCGAUUUUAACUCUACACUAAUAAAAUACAACGUCAAGUAGAUAUAAUCGGGCGUGGAUGUGUUUUUAUAGAAAUAGUUUUAUAUUGAGAAAUUAUUUGUCGGUAGACACCUUCUAGACGUUUAAGGUGCCCGAUUUACAUCAGCAAUGGGCAAUAAAAAUAGCUGCUGUGGAUACUCUAGUCCUCAAGGAGGUAGAAAGAAUCCUAUUGGCGAAAAUACUACUCGAGGUCUUGAAGAACAUCUUCCUGAAGGCGAGUUCAGUGUCACUAAUUUACAGCACAUAAGCGAACGAGAGCCUGAAGACUGGGAUUCAGAUCCUUCACUGCAUCCUUGCGCUGGGACGAUAUUUAUGGAGCGAUCGAAACAAUCCAUCGAAAAUGGUAUGGUACGAAAAAAAAGUCAACAUCAAAUAGCUGAUACGAGGCCUCUUAAAAAAAGCAGCAGCUGUAGUACUAUUUAUUUGGACGACAGUACAGUGUCUCAGCCAAAUUUGAAAAAUACUGUUAAAUGUGUUGCACUGGCAAUAUAUUAUCACAUUAAGAAUCGAACUUCGCAACGGCAAAUAGAUAUAUUUGACGAAAAAGUCCAUCCAUUAACUAGAGACGGAAUUGCGGAUGACUACGAUAAGCACAAUCCUGAGCAUAAGCAAAUAUAUAAGUUUGUUCGAACAUUAUUUAACGCUGCUCAAUUGACUGCUGAAUGUGCAAUCAUAACGCUCGUAUACCUUGAACGUUUAUUGACGUAUGCAGAAAUAGAUAUAACGCCUGCUAAUUGGAAGCGUAUUGUUCUUGGUGCUAUUCUUUUGGCCUCAAAGGUGUGGGACGAUCAGGCAGUAUGGAAUGUCGAUUAUUGUCAAAUACUUAAAGAUAUUACCGUUGAAGAUAUGAACGAACUUGAAAGACAGUUCCUCGAGAUGCUUCAAUUCAAUAUAAACGUCCCGUCAAGUGUUUAUGCCAAGUACUACUUUGAUCUCCGUACUCUAGCCGAAGCCAACGAAUUAACAUUCCCCAGUGAACCGUUGAGCAAAGAGAAAGCUCAAAAGCUUGAAGCAAUGUCGAGGGUCUACGAAGACAAGGUUACUACCGAAGCACUGCGUAAUGGUAUUAAAAAAUGGUCCAGCUUGGAUAAUGUCUGUAUGGGCGGCCCCAGACGUAGUAUAGCCAUUCUUUCGUAAGAUGCCAAACGCUUAAAACAGGUGUUAAACGCCACGCAAUGGCAUCACUACCACAAUAAUCAGCCAAUUCUUCAACUUUUUCGAUACUUAAUAUUGUAGCUAUUUGCGUAAGCCUAGCAAAUUUAUCUCUCACUGACCACGAAGUUGCAGCGGCUAAAUAACUCGCCAAUGAUCUUAUUUCUUUAUCCAGAAUAAGUCCUCCAGCCUGUACAAAAUCAAAAUAAAUUUUUUUAUCGCUCAA